AUACUGCCAUGCUUGACUCGAGCAUCUCUUCAGAGCAAUGGACGCACUGGUUGAACCUAAUCUGUCGAUGGCAACUGAAUCAUCCCCGCAAGUGCCCGAUCAUGUCGCAGCUCCCACACAGUCCAAUACCAACACUUUGCCAGCUGGGACCGUCGAAUUUGCACACCGAAUGUUUGAUGCUGCGCGGGGGGAUAUACAGAGCUCCUUCAAGCAGUUGACGCGGGCUUGCCAGUCAACCUUAUGGCAAAUGAGAAAGCUGCAACGGAAAGCAGAUCCAAACAGACUUAACGAUCUUGGUCAAUCUAUGAUUGCGGGCGCUGUGUUCAAGUCGCACGAUGAGGUUGUGCGUGUUCUGGUCGAAGAUGACGCAGAUCCGAGAAUAGGCAAACCCACCGCAAUAGAGGCAGCUCAUAUAUUUGGUCGGAAGGAGUUGAUAGAAGUACUGGGUGCAAAGCAGGGUGACAUCGGCACUGAUGUGCCCACCCCUCUUAGUGCACGUCCCGAGAACUGAUCACGGUUAAGCCAGUUUGAACGUUGCAAUAGAUAACCUCUGCUACCCUUUCAAAUCGAUCGUGGCAAGUUCAUAGAUAUUAGGCAU